AUGACUGAGACAUAUCAUCAACUACAUGUAUCACUAAAUACGCCAAUUAAAAAGAUCAGAAACUUGAAUUUAAAUUCAUCACCAGUUAAUUAUGACAUACACGAGGAUAGACAAGAUGAUCACCUGCACCACCACCAAUGCCCAUCUUACCUUCUGCAGGGGACCCAUUCUACUUUCCCAACACAACCUCAAGCAUCAACAAAACUAUAUCCAAGUUUAGAUCUACAAAAAUCACCAACCGAGUCGUCCAUGUUGAAUAAAGGAUACUCGCAUAAACUAACCAACAAUGUGCUUUCGGAAUUACACAUGCGGGCUCAGCAAAUUACCACGGGCCAGAAUGGUAGUGACAACAUACAAUCAUCAAAUACUUCACCACUGUAUGGAAUGGAUGACCAAGUGAGUCAACGAAGAAAUAAACGUUAUAGUGGAGUACACAUGAGCAAAUUUAAACAAAUGGAAUCGAUAUCACACCAUUAUUCAGUACACAAUAGAAACAAGACACCAUCACCACAAAAACUGCAACCCGAGGAUGGAACAGAAGGGACUAACUCCAAUGGCACAAUUGAAAGUGCCAGUAAACGAAGACGAACAUUGAAUGGAAAUAAUGAAAUAAUGGCUAUUCCCAUUUUACAUCAACAACAAAAACGACAACCACUGAACUUUACUGAGAACCGGAAGAUUUCACCCAACAAGAUAUCACCAAGUAAAGCCUCGUAUAAUUUGAAUUCGAUCUUGAGACAGACAACGGAUACUGGAUCUCCUAACAAAGAAAUAUGGACACAACCACCACCAAAAGUGCCUCAAUUGAAGAAACGACCUAGUUCAUUGGAAAUGGCGGGUGUGAUUAAUUCAUCACCGACAAGAUAUAAUGAAACAGGUUCGGGAACUUUGAAGUCUCUGAUGUUACAAAUGGAUAAACCAACCAGUAAUAACAAUGUAUCGAGCUUGCUUAAGGAGCCUAGUAAAUUCAACGGUAGUGCUCAGCAGCAUGAUAAUAGCCAUAAUUUACCAAAUAGACCCGGUUCUUCUCGAUCAUUCGUCAAGCCCAGUUCUCCUCAACAACAACAACUAUCUUUACAUAAAAAGUCCCUGAUACCCCAAUUACAAAAGAAAUCGAGCAUACCCCAAUUACAAAAGAAAUCGAGCAUACCCCAAUUACAAAAGAAAUCGAGCAUACACCAAUUGCCAAAGAAACCACUGAUACCCCAGUUACAAAAGAAGACUAGCAUUCCUCAACUACAAAGGAAACCACUGAUACCCCAAUUUCACCAUAAUGACCAAUCCAAUAGAAAUGCAACAACAUCAUCAAUGAAGACAGCUAUGAAACCCCCAACAUCAAUAAACCUUCAUCACCAAAAUCAAACCUUACAACUGUCAACAAAGCAUCUUAAUGAGGCUUCAACUCAACCCUUUAUUUCACGAAUGAGUCCAUCAAAGUCAUUUUCAUCAUUCAAACAGCAUACCCUGCAAGGUGGAAACGCAGUACUGCACAAAAAUCAACCGCAAUCAAACAUUCAUGGUGGUCAAAGAGUGGAUACAUCAAAAGCAACGACAUUACCUAAAUCAAAAUCAAUCACUAUUCCUCAACCAUUUUCAUUAUAUGACAAACCAACAAUUUCAUCAUCCCAGAAAUCAUUGAACAAGUAUCAACGAUUCAAAGAGAAAUUUAAUUAA